UCACAUCCGGUACGCGGCGCGCGAGGUUUGUUUUCGUAGCAGGGGCAAACUUUAGCUAAGCUAACGUUAGUAGUUAGGUUGGUUCACAGUUAUACAUUAAUACAUUUAUUUAGUGGUUCUGUAGUUUGUUUAUGCUGUUAAUAUUUUGAUGAGUGUCAUCGCGAUAUGAGAGUCAACACUGUCGUACACCGUCAUGGUGUGCCACAUACCACAUUUUAGGCAUUUCACAUGUCGACUGGAAUGGAUUUACCCUCCAAGAACAUGUACGACACACUCAAAGAUGAAAUAUGGAAAGAGCUGGGGCCACUGGAUCCAGACUGGUUUGAGGCACUGACAGCUCAAACUAAUGACGGCAAUGUCUCUGAUCAAGAUGACCUGUGUGCUAACCAAGAGGGACAUUUUAAAGCACCUUUUGAUAAAACUGCAAUAGACAGUCAGCUGUUUUCAACCCCCAAAGUUUUCAGACACAGUCGGAUUGUAUCACCUGAAACUGAGGAUGAGCAGUGGUUCACUGCUGAAAAAGAAAAGGAAACACCGCCAUGGAUGGCAACACAAAGUCCAAAUUUGUUUCACAAUGCAAAAGAGGGGGUCCCAGGUGCAAAAUAUGGAGAUAUUCAGCCUCAAAGUCAGGAUAGUUUUGGUCUGCUUCAUACUGCACAAAAAUCCCCAGUCAGCUAUGCCAAAAAUAUAUCUGAAAGUCUUGGUGCACAGAUUCAUCAUGAUAUGUCAUGGACCAGUUCUCUGAACACUCCACCAGCAAUACCAUCCACCUUGAUUUUAACUAAACCUGAUGAGAGUCCCAUCCCAGCGAGUGUUUCUGCAGACAAAAAUGUUGUCUUUGUACGGAAGCUUUUCCCUUCUCUUUCAAAUGCAUCCAAAGUUGGAGUGGUGUCACCCAAAAACGGUGACAUGCCUACCGUUCAGCAAGGUGUUGUUUCCCCUGAGGCUGAUCAGCAUCCAGAGUGCCAUACCUCCCCACAGAGUUCACUGAAUCAGAGGGAUUUUGUUUGGAGACAGAAGCUACCAGAUGCUAUUGAGGAUGGAGAAAUUCGCAGAACCGUAGCAAGUGUUCUUGAUGGAGCUGAAGAUGUUCUUUCUCUAUUUUUCACCAACAGUAGUUCAGCACUGAGAAAAGUAAAAACCGACAGAAUCAAAAGAAAGCAAAUCAUCCCAACAAAAGAACUUGGCAGCAGCUCUACAGACAUCUUAACAUCAAACAACGCUGCAUCCAGUGAACAAAGAACAGCUGAUCAGGAGCCUGGCAGACUUCCCUCACCCCCACUUGUGAAAACUGGAGAUAUUGGAAUCACCCAGUGGUCUCCAUUGAGCUUAUCUGAAAUUCCACCUUGUACUGUGGAUACCUCGUGUCGUGAUAAUAGUCCUGCUACACAAAUGGAAAACAAUAUUUCAACAGAGCAGCUACAGAAUGACUUUGAUUCUGGCCAGCUAGUCAGGCCACCUGUUAAAAUCAGAGACUAUGGAUUUACUAAGAAAAAGAGAAAGUUUGUUUACACUGUUGAGACUUUGGACCCACAAGUUCUAGGGAAGGACACGCAGUCUCAGAAGAUGGAUUCAUCACCAGUGAUUCCAGAUUCUGGGCAAGAAGUGAAUGUGAAGCAGUUGCUGAAAGCCCCUGAUGAAGCAGAUUGCAUCGGGAAGAAUCGGAUGCAAAAACAGGGAAAUCUCACUGAAGAAAGUCCUCCAUCUGUUCAAGCAAAAGUCCAAGAUCUUGACAUAUCGCAGCUUUCCAGAGAUUUUGCACAAGACUUCAGUCAAAUGUCAGACUCCGGUAAACUGAGUGAAGUAGCAGGGGAUACUCCUCGAAAUGGCUUCUCUCCAUCAGCUUGUCUGUCAGCCAUGAAACAAGCUAACCAGAAAGCAAGGCAAGCAAACCUUCACCAUGACUCUGAUGGCGUCAGUACCAGAACUUUUUCCACCACUAAUCAAAAUAGCUCCAUCAAUGAGGGCACAGUAAGUGACAGUGGAUUCCAGUCUGCUGUUGCAGAUAUCAGUUGUGUGACUGCAUCAUCAUUUGUUCUUCCCAGCUCCAAGAACAAUGGUCAAAGUCAACAAUGGACAGGCUUUAAAACUGAUAUUCACUGGGCCACUCCUUUUCCAUCAACAAAAAAAGGAAAUGGAAAAGCACAGUCUGAUGAUAUUUUACAAGAAGCUGAAACUGAUGCCAAGCAGUCCAGUGCAGUCAAGGAAAGCCAGACAGUGGGCCCUGGGAGAGAGAUUGAGUUGCCCAUAGAAAACAAAUCAACACAACUAAUCAGCAGUGCAAAAAUAACUGUUGAUAACAUUAAUUGCAUUCCACUUAAUGGUCAAAUUCAUGGCAGCCUGCCAGAGAAAACAACAGUUUCUCUUCCUUCCAUCCAUGCAUCAGGAUUCAAAACUGCUUCAAAUAAGGGUAUACAAAUUUCCUCAGCCAACAUGGAGAGAGCCAAGCAUCUCUUUGAAGACACCAAAGUGGAAAGUUUUAGUGAUCAGCCCAUCAAAUGUGCCCAUGGUACUGAAGAUAAACUGCACAAGAGUCAUGGAUCAGUGAAGAAUCCAACCUCUAACUCAAACCAACCUUCUUCAAGUGAAAACUUUGUGGAUAGCAGUUGCCACUUAACAGCUUCACAAAAAGCUGAUGUGACCGAGCUGUGCACUCUCUUGGAAGAAGCAGAUAGCCAGUUUGAAUUUACACAGUUCAAAACUGCAAAGCUAAAACAACAUUGUCAAGAUACUGCCACCUCUGCCCAAAAAGUUGACAAAGAACUUGACCCUGAUUUUCUUACGGGUAUAGACUUUGAUGACAGUUUCAAUUCAGAUGGUGAACAGCACCUGGCAGUUACUGUGAUUCAUGACAAAAUUACCUUAGUUUCAGAUGGUAAGCCAAAUCGUGAAACAUGCAUCACAGGUAAAUCCACAAGUUUGUCAUUGCCCAGUGCAAUUAAAAAAGAAAAUUCCUCGACUGAAGAUAUGUCUUUCUCUUCAAAGUACAUCUCCAAAGGCAGUAGAGGUAUUGUGUCAGCUAAAACCAAAAAUCUUGACAGAGCUGGGCACACUGAAACAAGCAAGCUGGAAAACAAAAAUCCAUUGAUGCUUGGUGUGGGAUUUAAGACUGCUGGAGGAAAUGUUUUGAGAGUUUCAAAAAAGUGUCUGAGCAAAGCUAGAGCUCUGUUUGCAGAUUUAGAUCAGAAUCUUGUGACAAGUCAAAAAUUCCCGGACAAGCUAAGUAGUGAAACUGAUGCUAAAACACAGCAGAAGCGCAGCGUGGACAAUCACACUGGUAACUUUUUGCAUCAUAAAGAAGAUAAUUCGAAGUUCACAGGUCAUGGUAAUGAUACUGUGGGCUGUUUUUCCACCAUGACUGUCUUUUCAGACAGACCAGUCACAGGCAAGAGAGUUGAAGUUGGUACAAAUGGUUUUAAAAACAACAAAAUGGAAACAACCAACUUGUGUCAAAGUGGUUUUCAAAUGGCCAGUGGCAAGGGGAUUUCUAUAUCAGCAAAAGCCAUGCAAGAGGCAGAUGCUUUCUUUAAAGACUGUGACGUUACAGAGAGUAACGUUGCCAUGUCAGUAAAACAGAAAAAGAACAUAGAACCCUUGCCAAGUGUCAGUCAUACGAAAAACCUUAAGAAAUGUAAAAAUGUUCAAGAGAUGGAAGUAAACUUUUCUGAAGAACCAGUCAGUGAAUUUGAAAAUGUGAAUGCUGAGUGCCAUUCAGAAGUUGUGCAACAUAAUGUAGAGAUUCCCACUUUUGGUUUUAAGAAUAAACCAGCUUCUUUCCAUGGAAACCCAUCUUGGGCCGCAAAAGCACUUCCAUCUGUCUCAUGCGCAACAUCAAGGAAUAUUAGCUCCUCUGUCGCCAGUGAAUUGAGUAAUGGUGGUGGAUUCUGUACAGCAAGUGGGGAGAAAGUAUUCGUGUCAGCUGAUGCAAUGAAGAAAGCAGAGGACAUUCAUACACCUGAGGACACAAACAAACAACUGAAACAAAAAGAUGCUUUAAGAACAGGUUACCUUGCUAAUCAAAUUCAGGUUUCACCACCAACAAAUGGUGGCUUUCAGACAGCCAGCGGCAGAGGAGUUGCCAUUUCAGCUGCAGCUCUCAAGAAAGCAAGAUCAUUGUUGAGUCAGUGUGAUGAAGUUGAAGAUAAAAUCGGUGUAAAACCAACACAUUCUAAGAUGCCAGCUCCUGCUCUACCACCCAGGAAGCCAGUGGCAUUUUCAUCUGAUGCCCUCCAGAAAGCAAAAGCUCUCUUCAGUGACAUUCAUUUCAGUGCAGAGAUCCCAGCUGUUUCUGGCACAAGAAACGGUGACAGGAAACAAGUCGGUGCUGGAAAUAAGGAAAUAAUACAGUGUGGUUUCUUGACUGCAGGGGGAACAAAAGUCCAUGUGUCACAGAAAAGUCUGCUGAAAGCUAAAAACCUUUUGAAAGAAUUUGAUGAUGGUUCUGUUUCAACAAAAGCAAUGCAAGAAGCAGAUGCUUUCUUCAAGGACAUGGACAUUAUUGACAGUGAAGAUGGCAUGCUAGUAAAACAUAAGAAAAGUAUAGAACCUUUGAGUGGAAGUGACAAUGAGAAGAAAUUUAAACAAGAUCAGAGGGUGAGAAACAUUUCUGAAGAGCCUGGAAGUGGAUGCACUGAGUUUGAAAAUGUGACCGUAAGACCAGUUGAGAACCAUGAAAAAAUGCUGCAUAGUGAUGAUGUAGAGAUUCCCAAAGGGGUUUUUAAGAACACGCCAGAUUCUACCAAUGGAGCAUCUUUACACGGAAACCCAUAUCUGAAGGCACAGACACUUUCUUCCCCAUUGUGCACAACAUCAAAGAACGAAUUGAGCAACAGUGGUGGAUUUUGCACAGCCAGUGGGAAAAAAGUGUUGGAUGACCCUAUGACAAAAGCACAUUCACUAUUAAAUGGAAGUGCCAUGUUUGAUGACACAAACAAAGAGCUGAAACACAAUGUAGAGACCAUGCCACCACUGAACGGUGGAUUUCAGACAGCCAGUGGAAAAGGACUUACUAUUUCAUCUGCAGCCCUGAAGAAAGCAAAAACUCUGUUGAGUGAAUAUGAAGGAGUUGUGGAUGAAAUCGGUGUAAAACCAACACAUUCCAAGAUGCCAGUUCCUGCUUUACCACCCAGGAAUUGUGGAUUUCUUGCAGCCAGUGGUAAGCCAGUUGCAUUUUCAUCUGAGGCCCUCCAGAAAGCAAAAGCUCUCUUCAGUAACAUUCGUGUCAGUGCAGAGAUCCCAGCUGUUUCCGACACAAGGAAGAGUGAACACAAAGAUGCUCGAAAUGAUACAGAAAAAAAUCAUUGUGGUUUCACAACUGCAGGGGGAGCAAAAGUCCACGUGUCACAGAAAAAUGUUUUGAAAGCAAAAGAGCUUUUAAAAAAUUGUGAUGAUGAUUGUAUUUCCACAAAAGAAAUGCAAGAUGCAGGUGCUUUCUUCAAGGACUGUGACAUAAUGGACGGUAAAGAAAGCAUGCCAUUAAAGCAUAGGAAAAGUAUUGCACCUGUCAGUGGAAGUGGCAGUAAAAAUAAAAACCUUUCAAAAUUUGAACAAGAUCAGAGGGCGGCCAUAAACAUUUGUGAAGAACCUGGAAGUGGACGCUCUGAGUUUAAAAAUGUGACGGUAGGACCAGUUGUGAUCCAUGAAAAGAUGCUACAUAGUGAAGGUGUGGAGAUUCACAAAGGGGGUUUAAAGAACAUGCCAGAUUCUACCAAUGCAGCAUCUUUACACGGAAACCCAUCUUUGAUAUCAAAGCCUCUUUCUUCCCCAUUGUGCACAUCCUCAAAGAACAUUGGUUGCUCUGCCAUCAGUGAAUUCAGCAACAGUGGUGGAUUCUGCACAGCCAGCGGAAAACAAGUAUCUGUGUCAGAUCAUGCAAUGACAAAAGCACAUUCUCUAUUGAAUGAAAGUGCCAUGUUUGAUGACACAAACAAAGAGCUGAAACACAAAGUAGAGACUGUGCUGCCACAGAAUGGUGGGUUUCAGACAGCUAGUGGAAAAGGAGUUGUUAUUUCAUCUGCAGCCCUGAAGAAAGCAAAAACUCUGUUAAGUGAAUGUGAAGGAGUUGAGGAUAAAAUCGAUGUAAAACCAACACAUUGCAAGAUGCCAAAUCCUCCUCCACCACCCAGACAUUGUGGAUUUCUUGCUGCCAGUGGUAAGCCAGUUGCAUUUUCAUCUGAGGCCCUCGAGAAAGCAAAAGCUCUCUUAAGUGACACCAGUUUCAGUACAGAGAUCCCAACUGUUUCAGACACAAGGGAGAGUGAACACAGAGAUGCUCGAAAUGAUACAGAAAAGAUACAUUGUGGUUUCACAACUGCAGGGGGAGCAAAAGUCCAUGUGUCACAGACAAAUCUUUCAAAAGCAAAAAACCUUCUUAAAGAAUUUGCUGAUGGAGAGUGUCAUUCAAAUUCUCAUCUCGCCACAGCCAGUGACAAAGACCUGCCCACAAAGGAAAGCGCCCCUCUGGUGGUUAAACCUUUAACCUCUUUGCAAGUGACUGACAAUGAAAAUGAAACUGAAAGACUCAUCAAAGAAAAGGCAUCUACAGACGGAUUUAAGAUUGAAGAGGGUAAAAUUACCUCAUCAGUGGGGGGCAACCUCCAUGACAGCCCCGAAGAGGAAAUGUCAAGUGUGUUGGACUAUGCAAUAAAUCAGACAAGCAGCAGUGGGGGAUCUAAGGUAAAAAAGACAGAAGAAUCUCCGGUUCUAUUCUUUCAGUCACUUAACCUAAGUGGAUGCACUGAAACCCAGCAGAAGUUUCUUGCCCAGGAAGCUCUGGACUGCACUAAAGCUCUGUUAGAGGAUGAAAGUCUAAGACUCUCAAUGACUUCAGAAAAUGUGCCACUGCAAGAUAACCUAAAAUGCAGCAACAAAUCUGUGGAGGAACAAAAAGGGACAGGAAAAAGACUCGCAGAGGACCCAGAUAUGGCUGGUCAGCCUCCCCUGAAAAGAAGAUUACUGGAAGAAUUUGACAGGACUGUUGAUGGUCCAAGAGGUUCAACACUCCGUCCGGAAAUAAGCAGUCCAAAUGUUGUAAUGAAAGACAGGAGAGUUUUCCGAUACAGCGUCUCUCUUCAUCCAAACAUCACAACACCCCAUAGGAAUGGAAUAAAUUAUGUGGAAACCAGAUUGCAAAAGACAACACCAACACGGCACUCAAGCCCAGGAGACAGCAGAUCAGCACAUUCCAAGAUGCCCACGUUUGUUCCUCCAUUCCUUAAGAGUGCAAAGACAGAGAGUCGCAAGAAUACAGUGCUCAAGGACAACAUAAGAACACCUCCUGUGUUUGUUCCUCCAUUCAAAAAACAAAGAACUAUUGUCCAAGAGAGCUCCUCUAAACCACAGGAGGAGGAGGAUAAAACCCACCAUCUGUUUGUAACGCCCUUUAACAGCAACACUUACGUCCCACCCGCUACAGAUGUAACUGGUAAUAAAAGCAAGGACAUUCAGACUGUGGCUUUAGCCGAUACUACAAAUGAUAAUCUGAUUCAUAAUCAAAACCUUCCUGUGGGUUGUGGAUCAGAGAACUCACGUGUGGAGGACACAUUGUCCACAAGCCAAGACAUGUUUCAGAAUCUUCCUAACGUAGAGCUGGCACGAGAUAUGCAAGACAUGAGGAUCAGGAAAAAGAAGCGCCAGAACAUUCGGCCUUUGCCAGGUAGUUUGUUUCUAACCAAAACCUGUGGAGUGUCGAGGAUAGCAUUAAAAGCUGCAGUAAAUGGAAAGCCUCCUGCGAGAUACACCCAAAAACAGCUUUAUGAAUACGGAGUUCAUCAGCAUGUGUACGCGAUCACCAGUGAGACUGCAGAAUCUUUUCGCUUCAAUUUACAGCAGUUUGUCAAAAAGGAAGCAUUUAUAGACGGAGGUGGUGUUCAACUUGCUGAUGGAGGAUGGCUGAUCCCCAGCAAUGAUGGGACUGCAGGGAAAGAAGAGUUUUAUAGAGCAUUGUGUGACACCCCGGGUGUGGAUCCUAAACUGAUCAGUGAGGAUUGGGUGUACAAUCACUACAGAUGGAUUGUAUGGAAGCAGGCCUCAAUGGAAAGAUCCUUUCCAGAAACAAUGGGCAGCCUCUGUCUCACCCCAGAGCAGGUUCUCCUUCAACUGAAGUACAGAUAUGAUGUAGAGGUGGACCACAGUCGCAGGCCGGCUCUGAGAAAGAUCAUGGAAAAGGACGACACAGCAGCCAAAACUAUCGUCCUCUGUGUUUGUGGGGUUGUCUCCAGGGGUCUCUCCCCCAAAAGACACAGUUUUAGUGACAUCAAGACUCCAGGUGCUGAGUCCAAGGUUGAAAACCCUUCUGCGGUUGUUUGGCUGACAGAUGGAUGGUAUACAAUUAAAGCCCAGCUGGAUGAACCUUUGACUGCCAUGCUGCACAGAGGUCGACUGGCUGUCGGUGGGAAGAUGAUCAUCAAUGGGGCUCAGUUGGUGGGAUCACAAGAUGCUUGCUCCCCUCUGGAGGCCCCUGACUCUCUCAUGUUAAAGAUUUGCGCCAAUAGCAGCAGGCCCACACGAUGGGAUGCUAAGCUUGGAUUUCACAAGGAUCCACGACCAUUCCUGCUUCCUGUCUCCUGUUUGUACAGCAGUGGAGGACCAGUAGGAUGUGUGGACAUUGUCAUACUGAGAAGCUACCCCAUACAGUGGAUGGAGAGGAAACCAGAUGGAGGUGUUGUGUUCCGUUCCGUUCGUGCAGAAGAGCGAGAGGCGAGACGAUACAACAGCCACAAACAAAAAGCUAUGGAGAACCUGUUUGCGAAGAUUCAAGCUGAAUUUGAAAAGGAUGAGAAAGGUAAUAACAAACCUCAACGAAGAAGACGGACAAUCACUCGUAGGGAUAUUGCGAGUCUCCAAGACGGAGAGGAGCUCUAUGAAGCAGUGGGGGAUGACCCAGCUUACCAUGAGGCUAAUUUGAGUGAACAGCAGUUGGAGACUCUACGUACCUUCAGGCGUUCUCUGCUGGAGAAAAAGCAGGCUGAACUGCAAGAUCGGUACCGACGAGCUUUAGAAAAUGCAGAAGACUGCGAAGGUAGCUGUCUGAAGAGAGACGUUACACCUGUGUGGAGACUCUGCUUUGCUGACUCCAUGGACCAACCUGGCAAUGUGUACCAGUUGAACCUUUGGCGGCCUCCCUCAGAUCUUCAGUCUUUAUUGAAGGAAGGCAGUCGAUACAAAGUCUAUAACCUCGCCACUUCGGAUGGAAAGAAACAUGGCGGUAGCACUGUUCAGCUGACUGGGACAAAGAAAACACAGUUUCAGGACCUGCAGGCUUCUAAGGAAUGGUUAGCAACACGUUUUCAACCGAGAGUCUGUAGCCAUUUUGUGGAUCUUCAAAACCAAGAAUUCCAGCCACUGUGUGGAGAGGUUGAUCUCACCGGAUACGUCAUCAGUAUCAUAGAUGGACAGGGUUUCUCUCCAGCAUUUUAUUUGUCAGAUGGGAGACUGAACUUUGUAAAAGUGCGCUGUUUCAGCAGCUUGGCUCAGUCUGGCUUGGAAGAUGUGGUAAAACCACGUGUCCUGUUGGCUCUGAGCAACCUGCAGCUGAGAGGUCAGUCCAUGUCUCCCGCUCCUGUUGUGUACGCUGGAGAUUUGACUGUCUUCUCAACAAACCCCAAGGAAGCUCAUCUCCACCAAUCCCUCAGCCAACUCAGAAACCUGGUCCAGGGCCAGGAAAACUUCUUUCUAACUGCUGAGGAGAAGCUGUCGCAUUUAGUCAAAUCUGAUGGCCUUACGUCCAUCUCCUCUCCAGCUCUGCAAACACGAACCCCAGCUUCGACAAUACACAGUAGACAGGACACAAAGACGAAUUUGACGUCUCAGCAGCCAGUCAGAAGCCUUGGAUCGUUUACGCCUGUUAGCAGGAACCCUCCUGCAAAAAACUGUUCAACAGAGAAGGACCCUGCCAGCUUGAAGAGGAGGAGAGCUCUGGACUAUCUGUCUCGUAUCCCAUCUCCACCACCUCUCCCCCACCUGGGCUCAAUGGCUUCUCCAUGUAUAAAAAAGACAUUCAACCCCCCUCGGAGGUCUGGGACACAAAGCACUUUAAAAACUGCACAGACUCCAGCUCGCAAACCCGCCAGUUCACCGGUGGAAGACGAAUGGGUGAAUGACGAGGAACUGGCUAUGAUUGAUACUCAGGCUUUGCUUGUUGGUGAUUUAGGUACAUAAGACUGUAUGAUGAUGAUGAUGUUGAUGAUGACGAACACGCUAAACUUUUAAAAAACUGUACAAAUGAGUGGAUGCAAAGGCUAAAAGUCUGCAUAUGGCACAUAUUCUGUGGUUGUUUUGUAGUCUCACUGGACUCAUUAAAGAGGUGAAAUCACUUCA